AUGACUAUUGUGCUGGGAUGCCUCAAAAUUGUGCGAACUCCGGAAGAGGUUAGAUUCUGGUAUGAUGACUGGUGGAGGAAACUGAUCAAGUUGCUGGUGACUUUUUGGAUGGCGAGAUUGUCGACUUGGCCUCAGACUGGCUGGGCAACACGGAUUGUCAACCAGAAGAUCAAGUUUGAAGCAUCCCGUCAAAUCGUCCAGGCAUUGUUCUCGUCUCCCGGGGACCAUGUUCUUACUGACGUGUUGGGCAACCAAGUGAAUGGUGUGGCGGUUGUGCACAAGAUCUUGACUAGCCCAUUCAUCGACCCUAUUGACAAGCCAACUUAUAUCAAAGCCACUAAGCGGGUUUUAAUCAAGCUCCCAUCUAUUGCUCUCGCCGAUCUCAACAAUCUCAAGCUGACCAGCGCUCGUGACGAAGCGAGAUGGCAAUAUGUAUUCAGCCCAGAGGCGAAGGCGAAACAACAAGGAAGGAUCUCUACUUGCUCAAAUGAAGCUUCCUCAACACCCCUUUCACCCAUUUCUUCACCCACCCUUUGCCCACUGCUCCCUCAACUCCCUCGACGUUUCUUCUCACCCCCGUUUGCGAUGAUCUUCAGCUUCGCAAAACUGCAUUCCUUAUCUCUGCUUGCUCCGCCUGGAUCCUGCGAGCGUGAUCCAAGCUACAGUACAACUAAAUCGGAUUCUAGCGUGUGUUGUAGACAGACGUUAGCGCUGCCUAAUUCGGAACCCAGGCCUUGGGCCUUUGCUAUUAUUAUCACUUAA